UUUCUCUCUUUUUUUCCCUCCCCAGCCUCAGCGCAUCCGCGUCUCCCCGCCUCAACCGAACACGAUUUCUAUAAUAAUAAUGACGGUCAUUAUGAUGAUCAUGUUUUCAUCUCUUUGGGGGAUUUCAACUCGCUUUGGACCACCGCAAGAAGAGCGAUGAUGGACCAAUAAGGUUGACGCGCCAGAGGAAGAGGAACUAGCUUUGGAAAAAGAGUGCUUUUAAGGAAAACCCGUCAGAUUUGUGCACUUACUCGGGGUUUUCCACGCCGUGGUGCAGACGAGGGGCUACGGGGCGACGCGGGGAAUGAUUCGGCGUGGUCCUAAACGCGUGGAACGGGGGUGCUUUUGUGCGGCUGGUGACCCUGCAGGAUGCGCGCGCAUGAUGACGACUUGUGUCUAACUGUUGGAGCAGCGCUUUAAAAAAAGAAAAAAAGACGACUCACGAUGAUUUUAACAACUUUUGCCUUCCUCUUGUCAUUUCCCGACUUGGUGUCCAGCUUGAAGGGGGUCGGGGUCGGCGGCGGUGCUGCUGCUGCUGCCGGUUCGGGUGCGCGUUUGGACUGCGUCAAGGCCAGCGAGCAGUGCCUGAAGGAGGCCACCUGCAGCACCAAGUACCGCACCAUGAGGCAGUGCGUGGCCGGCAGGCAGAGCAGCCUGAGCGCCGCGCACGCCGCGGCCGUGGCCGCUCCGGAGGCGCAGGGCGAGUGCCGCAGCGCCAUGGAGGCCAUGAAGCAGAACCCCCUCAACCGUUGCAGGUGCCGGAGGGGCAUGAAGAAGGAGAAGAACUGCCUGCGCAUCUUUUGGAGCAUUUAUCAGAGUUUACAGGGGAAUGAUUUAUUGGAAUACUCACCAUACGAGCCAGUCAACAGCCGCCUUUCGGAUAUCUUUCGCUUGGCUCCCAUCAUUGCGGCCGAGGCGGCGUCCACCAAGGAGAACAACUGUCUGAACGCGGCCAAGGCGUGCAACCUCAACGACACGUGCAAGAAGUACCGCUCGGCGUACAUCAACCCGUGCACCAGCCGGGUGUCGGCGUCCGAGGUGUGCAACAAGCGCAAAUGCCACAAGGCGCUGCGUCACUUCUUUGACAAGGUGCCGACUAAAUACAGCUACGACAUGCUUUUCUGCUCGUGUCCGGCGGGCGACCAGACGGCGUGCGCCGAACGCCGCCGCCAGACCAUUGUGCCCGCGUGCUCCUACGAGGACAAGGACAAGGCCAACUGUUUGUCUCUGCAGAACGCCUGCAAGACCAACUACAUUUGCAAGUCUCGACUGGCAGAUUUCAUUAGCAGCUGUCAGCCAGAAGCUCACUCCAUAUCCGGCUGUCUGCGGGAGAACUACGCCGACUGUCUGCUCGCCUACUCUGGCCUCAUCGGCACGGUGAUCACGCCCAACUACGAGCGGUCCCUGGGCAUUCGCCUGUCGCCGUGGUGCGACUGCAGCAGCAGCGGCAACAACAAGCCCGAGUGCGAGAAAUUCGUGGAGUUCUUCGCCGGCAACCGAUGCCUACGGAACGCCAUCCAGGCAUUCGGCAACGGUACCGACGUCGGAGUGUGGCGGCCUCAGCCCCCCGUCGAGACCACCGCGGCGUUGGGGAAAGACGCAAGCGCCGAUGUGGCGGACGCGCUCACCGGGAUGAGCGAACUGGACCAGGACGGUGACGCGACGCAUCACGUUUGCAGGACUUUACAGGCACAAAAACUGCUGUCCAAUCGUACGGAGGAUUCUACUUUGUGUGCGGCGGGCGACUCGAACGCCGUCGCGAGGAGCUCAUCGGCCGAACUCCCCCGUCUGCGCGCGUGGAGUCUGCUGCAGCCUCUGGCCUUUGCCUUCACGGCGACGACAACGUUCCAGCUCGGAGGAGUCCCGCUCUCGUAGAGCAUGAAAGAUCGGCGUUCUCUUAUCAGGACCUUUUCGAAGGAUUAGAACAAACAAACAAGGGAUUUCCAGAUUUUUAGGGAGGACUCGUUUUGGACCUUUAACAGACGCCAAAUGUGAAGAUGUGCGGACUCUUUCAAAUCUCUACGUAUGUGUUCUGUGGUUUGUCCCGUCAACCAAAACUGCAAUCACUCAAUAGGAAGACAACAAGUCAAGUUUUGCUGUUAUAGUCAUUGCCUUCAACAAGGGUGUCCAAUUUAAAAAAAAAAUUAGGGCUGCAAAAAGCCCCCCGAGCUACAGUUUGGACACCCCUGCUCUAUACAGCAACUCUUCUCAAACUUUUUGGGUCCAAGGAAUCCUUGCAGGGGAGACAUUUUUCCAGUGGCUGCUUUCAUAAUCCGAACGGCAAAUAAACAUAACGACCAUGCGUAGCCCUAAAUUUCAUAGAUAAAAACAUUUGAGGGGGAAAAAAAAGGAGUUAUGCUAAUAUUUAAGCAAAUAUAAAAAUUGUCAGGAUGCAAAAAAACUUACAAGAAUAAUUUUAACAUUUUUCCAAGAUGGUCAUAAUAUUGUGGUAUUAAAGUCAAUGUGUAACGAGAGAGGAGAAGUACAUUUUAAAAAAUAAACCUUAUAUUCUGGCGAAGACACAUUAAAAAAAUGUCGUUUUUCCAAACAAAAUUGACUGAGAAUUCUUUUGCAAGCCCCCAAGCUACAGUUUGCGGAAACCCCAGGGACCCCAGUUUGAGACCCCCUCCUAUACAGUAUUGAUUAGGAUUUUGGUCCUUAACGGAGUUUCUCUCAUGUACGAUCAGUAUUAGGUCAGCUUUGUCGUCACAGCCGUUUGUGGCUUGAAAAAGAACAUUUUGUAAAUACCAAACCGUGGAACACAAUUGUCUGCAAUGACGGUUCACACAUUGUUGCUUCUUCAAAGGGAGCAAGUUGUUUAGUUUUGUUGAAAGAGACCAUCAUCUCUUUAGUCACGCGACGCAAACUUAUCAUCGUGGUAACAGUGACUGUAAACUACAUUCGAACAAGAUAAAGUUUUAUGUAACUGCAAGGAUGCGGUAUUACACAACCGACAUUAUUAUGACACAUUCGGAGCGAGCAGGGUUGCAAAGCCGGAAACUUUCCGUGGGAGUAAAUUGAAAAGGUCCACUCAUGGAAUUAAAUCCAGAACAACGUACAUCAUAUUGUUAAAUGAAAUCAUUUAACAGCAUAAUUUUAGUGAACACAAACACGAUUUAUGCACAUUUAUUUGGCCAGGCGUCCUCCAUGCAUUGAAAUGUUAUAAAUAAAUCAGGG